CACAGGUUUAAUUGCUAUUGUAUAGGUUCAGAGAUAGAGACGGCUGGUGGAGGACAUUAGUCUUACCAUGAUGAGGGUCCUUUAUCUCCUGUUGCUCUGUGAAACAAGUGUCCAGCUUCAGUGUGACAAAACAGUAAUCCAGGCCAAUGUUGGGAGUGGAUUCAGUCUGGUCUGCCAGUACCAAACAAACCGGUACCUCUUCAGUAAGAAGUACUGGUGCCGUGGGGAGUCUAGGUCGACCUGUGUUAUUCUAAUGGACUCGGAUCACCUCACCAACAGAGAGCUCAGACACAGGUCUCAGAUCAUAGAUGCACAGCGAAAGGGGUUGGUCAUCAUCAUGACAGAUCUCAAGUUAGAGGAUACUGGAGUGUACUGGGUUGGGAUUGAUAAAAUCCAUGCUGACAUCAUGACUUCCAUCAAUCUAAUUGUGACAUUUGUGGCAGUGUCCAAACCCAUGGUAUGGCCCCUGAGUUCAAUGGGAGACACUUGCUGGGGCCAGCCUGUGACAGUGCACUGUGCUAGUGCAAAGGGCACAAGUGUCCAGUACACCUGGUACCAAUCCACCCAACCCCAGGACAUCCAGUUUCAGAGCUCAGCAGACCUGCACCUACACUGUGGCAUUUUGGAAGAAGACAGCCAGUACUACUGCAGUGCCAGCAACGAUGUGAGCAGCCAGCAUAGUGGGAUGGUUUCGGUGCAGGUUCUGAAGCCCUCUGAGGAGGACUGCAUCUAUCGUUUUGCUAUGGAGGGCAAGAGAAGCUAUGACUGUAGUGACAGACUGAAGACAAGCACAGCCACACCUCUGCGUUCUACUGGCCAUCUGACAGAAGAACCCUAUCAACCUGGAACCAACAGCAACCUGUCCUCAACAAUCAAUCAAACACACCAGGAUUGGCAUUACAGUAGGUCAGAACCGUGUCACCUCUAUGUAACCUCUGUGUAACCUCUGUGUAUCUAUUUCCACCAGAUCCACAUUAGC